GCAGCAAAAACAAAACCUCAAGAAAUAAUAAUAUUCUUCACAUCUUUGUGUUCAUUUGUUUCUAUCUUCACUCAUGUCGGCUAAGGAAUUUCACGUAUACCAUGAAGCAGGAAACGUAGAAAGCACUCUACUACAUGCAGAUCCAAACGAUUACGAGGAAGAAGAAACCCUAUCUCUCUGUGACCUUCCAAUUUACAAUGGCUCAGUUUCAGCUAGAUGGGGUGGUGAAGACUUCUCCAAAGAAGGCAAAAACUCAUCUGAUAGUGGUGAGGACAACGACAACGACAACGAAUUAUUCGAGUUCUUCAGUGAGGAAUUCACCACGUCAAGCAACAAUAUUAAUACAACCGCAGAUAACAUAAUCUUCUGCGGAAAACUCAUUCCCUUCAAGGACAUUAAUCCUCCACGUAAUGAAAGCAACAAUGUUCAAAAGGGUAUCCCUAUUCUUCCGUGGAGGCCAAUGAACAAAGCAAAACACGGUUGGAAGAAGGAAGAGUUGUUAGAGGGAAAGGGUUCGAAGAGUUUUGCUUGUGACUACACGUCCACUGGGAAGGUUUCUUUGAUGAGGAGCACAACUAAGUCUAGGUGGUUCUUGUUCAUGUUUGGAUCGAUGUCCAAGUUGUCAAGCACUGAGAUGGAGCUGAGAGACAUAAGGAACAGGCAAGGCCGGAGGAGGGGUCCGGCGACGAUGUUUCCGGCGCCGGAGGAUGGAAAGGAGGUGGCUAUGAAGGGGAAGGGAAGCUGUAAAGGGAUGUGGAAGUUGUUGAAGUCAAUCUCCUUUGUGUUAGGCUGCCGCUCUAGUAAGAUUGCAAAUGAUGUUGUAAAGGCUGCUUUUGUGUGAAUUUUUGAACAAAGCAUGUGCCUCUACAACAAUCAUCUACUCCAAUUUGACCCUCCUUUCUGUCAUGUUUGGGCAAAAAUACAUUAA